AUGUUCAGAUCUGUCGUCGCCAGAGCUUCCAUUAGACGUGUGGCUGCUGCCGCCGCUACCCAGUCUCGCGCUCUCCCAAGAUACCUCUCUUCCGCCGUCCCUGCUCGCUCAACUAUGCUCGUUGGCAAGCGUCCUGCUUUGACCAUCCCUAGAUGCCCUCAAAUCCAACUUAGAUCUUAUGCCGUCGUCAAUGUCCCUGAUAUGGCCGAGUCCAUCACUGAAGGUACCCUCAAGUCUUUCGAAAAAUCCGUCGGUGACUACGUCGAACAGGACGAAGAGGUCGCCACCAUCGAGACUGAUAAGAUCGAUGUCGCUGUCAAUGCCCCCUUCGCUGGUACCAUUACAAAGUUCCUCGCUAACCCUGAGGAUACCGUUGUUGUUGGCCAACCCCUUUUCGAGAUUGAGGAAGGUGGCUCUGCUGGUGCCGCUGCCCCCAAGAAGGAAGAGGCUCCUAAGGAAACUCCCAAGGAAGAGCCUAAGAAGGAGGAAGCUGCUGCUCCUGCUCCUGCUCCUGCUCCCGCUGCCGCUGCUCCUGCCGCUCCUGCUCCUGCUGCCCCCAAGCCUGCUGCUCCUAAGCCCGCUGCCCCUGCCGCCGCUGCCCCUGCUGCUGCUGCCCCUGCUCCUGGCAACCGUGAAGAGCACCGUGUCAAGAUGAACCGUAUGCGUCUUCGUAUUGCUGAGCGUCUGAAGGAGUCCCAAAACACUGCUGCUUCCCUUACCACCUUCAACGAAGUCGACAUGUCUUCCCUCAUUGAGAUGCGCAAGCUCUACAAGGAUGAUAUCCUCAAGAAGACCGGUAUCAAGUUCGGCUUCAUGGGUGCUUUCACCAAGGCUGCUGCCCUUGCCUCUAAGGACAUCCCCUCCGUCAACGCUGCUAUCGAGAACAACGACACCAUUGUCUACCGUGACUACUUCGAUGUCUCCAUUGCCGUUGCUACCCCUAAGGGUCUCGUCACCCCUGUUCUCCGUAACGCCGAGCAGCUUGACAUUAUUGGCAUUGAGAAGGGUAUCCACGAUCUUGGUGUCAAGGCCCGUGAUGGUAAGCUCUCUCUUGAAGACAUGGCCGGUGGUACUUUCACCAUCUCCAACGGUGGUGUCUUCGGCUCUCUCUACGGUACCCCUAUCAUCAACAUGCCUCAAACCGCUGUCCUUGGUCUCCACGGUGUCAAGGAGCGUGCCGUUGUUGUCAAUGGCCAGGUUGUUUCCCGCCCCAUGAUGUACCUCGCUCUUACCUACGACCACAGACUUUUGGACGGUAGAGAGGCUGUCACCUUCCUCAAGAACAUCAAGGAGCUCAUUGAGGACCCCAGAAGAAUGCUUUUGUUUUAA